AUGCGUCCUACCAAUACCAAGGAGCUAGCGAAUCUGGCCUUCUGGUGUUGUACAGUCUCAUCUAGCACUCUUGGAAUUGCUUCUGCCGCUGAAGCAGUGGAAUUGGUUCGCGCUCCAGCCAGUCGAGGGGCGAUUUCUCACAAUCCAUCAGUCGGGCCGACCAGCAUGGCCUGGUACAAAAUCCCUCUGCUCUCCUCGAGUUGCGCAGGCUCCUCGGCGGAACUGGUCGCCGCAGAGCCGAGAUGCGUCUUCCACGGUGCGGCCAUCAUCUUGGGCAGUCUUCAGAUGCUCUACGGUUUGUCGUUGUUGUUCCUUCUGGUUCUGGCCUCCCAACACGGCCGAAUGUCGGGUUUGGAUGAGCCGUUGCUGCCGACGCCAACAUGGCCGCCUCUGAUGACCAGCGGCUUUGCGGGUGUGCCG